AUGAGUGAUCCCUUAAAACCAUAUAUUCCUUCAAAUGAAACCGCUGAGGACAAGCGUAGACGCGUAAUUGCAGAAAAGGAAGCAAAAAAGAAAAGUGAAGCUAUUGACAAACAAAUUAAAGCUGAAAAGGAAAGACUAAAUAAACAAAAAGUGGCAAGAUUGUUGUUGCUAGGUUCGUCUGAAAGUGGUAAAACAACUGUACUUAAACAGCUAAAAAUUAUUCAUGGAAAUGGUCUUGAGGAUGAACGCGAGCAAUAUCGAAGAAUUGUUCACCUUAAUGUGCUUACUGCAAUGAAGGCUUUAACCAACGCUCUUACAAGCUUUGGCUAUACGUUAGAUUCUAGCAAUUUGAUUCAUCUCGAGAAUGUUCAGGCAGGUGUUAAAGAUUCUAGAUUGAAUGACAAUGCAUAUCAAUUAUUCAUGGAACAUUCUGAAGCGAUCGAGGCAUUAUGGAAAGAUCCAGCUAUUGUAAAAGCUUAUGAACAUGCUAGCGAAAUUGGUUUACAAGAUUCGGCGAGAUACUUUUUAGAUAACGUGGAUAGAUUUACCGAUAAGGACUAUACACCUUCUGAUGAAGAUAUCUUACAAGCUCGAGUUCGAACACUUGGCGUAACUGAACAUCUUUUCAAAAUAGACGGCACUACGUAUAAAAUUUAUGAUGUAGGCGGUCAUCGUUCUCAGCGACACUUUUGGGCUCCUUAUUUUGAUGAUGUGAAUGCCAUAAUUUUCAUGGCUGCUAUCUCAUCGUUUGACCAAACACUUGAAGAAGCUCCAAAUGUUAAUCGUAUGGCUGAUGCAAUUCAAUUGUUCAAAAGUAUAUGCAAUCAUGAAAUGUUUGUAAAUACGAGUAUUAUCUUGUUUCUUAACAAGAUUGACAUUUUAAAGCAUAAACUUACUUAUAUUAAAUUGAAGGACUAUUUUUCUGAUUACGAAGGUGAUAAUAAAUUCCAAAGUGUAACAAAAUUCUUUCAAAAAACAUUUAUAAAUUGUAAUGAAAAUGAUGACAAGCAUAUUUAUGUCCACCUUACACAUGCCACGGAUACAAAACAAAUGCGCGUUAUUGUUGCUUCAGUGAACGAUACAGUUCAGAGAAUGAACCUCAAAGCUUCGGGUCUUAUCUAA